AUGAAUCAUGCUCCAACUUCAGGUGCAAACGACACCAACGUCAACACAGAGGUGGAUCAACUAGCUCAACGUCUAUUGAAAGUGCAGCUCCCCAUGGCGAAUGUGACGAGAAUCAUGCGUGGUAUUCUUCCAACGAACGCGAAAAUCAACGAUGGAUCGAAAGAGUCUGUCCAAAAAUUAGGGAGCUACUACAUCAAUCGUAUCACAAAAAAAGCUAAGGAACGUUGCAAUAAGGAGCAACGAAAGACUGUGACAGCUGAGGAUAUUCUUUGGGCCAUGAACAAAAUGGGCCUAACUAACCAUGCUGGGCUUUUAGCCCAAUACCUCAACAGGUAUCGUGAAUAUAAUCAAGUGAGUUAUUUCAACGUACGCAAGCCCAAUUGUGAAUUAACUUUCACGUCACUCGCUGCACCACAUCCAAUUUUACCUAUUGAACCCAUCCUGGGUUAUCCGUACCCGUAUUUUCCACCAAAUGUGCUGUUUUAUGAUCCGGUUACUGCUGCCUUGGUAACUUCCAGGGACUUUGAGAUGGCGGUGGGGAACGAUGGUAGUCCUUCUGAGUCAUCUUCUUCAACUGUUGCGCCUGCUUAUCCAUUUGGACAGUGGAUGCAGUAGACUGAUGAUGUGAACAAGCAGGUGGCGUAGCGUUGCGUUGCAAAAAUAAUAAUGUUUUAAGUAUGUUAUAUCGUUUGAACUCUAUCUGGAGUAACAGUAUGUUUCAGUUUCUUGUUUGUGUAAUCAAGUUUGUAUGUGUUUUUAAGUUUCCUUGUUAACAACUCUAUGUUUAUGUACUAAUAAGCCACCUGUGUUUUAUCCUUGUUAAAAACUUUAUGUUAUGUACUAGUAAGCUACCUGUGUUUUGUGUAA